UUAAUUUGAAAUUUGGCAACGAUGUUACUAUUGUUUUACGUGUUGCGUAUUAGCAGCCAGAGAUAACGUAUUAGUAUUAGUGCUGGGCACGGCAAGGUAGUAGGGUGAUUCGUUUCUUAUUUUCAUAAUUUGUGUAAAAGUAGAGGUAAUAACAUCUAUUUUAUAGGGUGUGUUUCUUUACUUAGUGCGUCCCCCCGGACGCUCUCUAGCACAAAUGUUCGAAAUGUCAAUUCGUGCGUUAGUAAGCCGUUUGGCACAAAAUGGUCAGGUUUUCGUACGAGGUUUCAAGCACUUCAAUGAAUUAUUACCGAAUAACAAAGUCGUCUUGUGUAAACCAAAACUCAAUAUUCUUCACCAGGAAACGCGAGUAGGGCGUAGUUCAUAUGCAACACCUACUAGAGUGUCAACAGUUCAAUCUGUUGCUUCGCAAUUUCAGCUUCAUGCACGACGAAUUUUUGUAGAUAAUGUUCUUAGAAGAGUUACCAAUUCUCUUACUGCGGAUUUGCGAAAGAGAACAGCCAAACGAAUUCUUUUUGGCGAUUCUGCACCCUUUUUUGCUUUAGUUGGUGUGAGUUUGGCUUCAGGAACAGGUAUUCUUACCAAGGAUGAAGAACUGGAGGGGAUAUGCUGGGAAAUCAGGGAAGCUGUUGCGAAGAUUCAGUGGAGUACACUGUCAGCUACCGAGGAUGAAACUUUCUACGAGGAUGUGCCAGUUGGAUUGAACGCCUUUGAAUGGGGAUCAGUGAUUGCAAAGGGCUGCAAUGCUGUUGUUUAUUCUGCUCGCAAAAGGAGAGAGAGCGAGUCUACGAUGGAAGCAGCCGCGGAGGCACAGCCAGCCCCAGCGAGGGAGGAAAGUCACGGAGAGCCAUCGCAGCACCCCCUCGCCAUCAAGAUGAUGUUCAACUACGAUGCAGAGUCGAAUGCGGGAGCGAUCCUGCGGGCCAUGUACCGGGAGACUGUCCCUGCCCGGGUGCAGUUUGUGGACGAGGAGUUCAGCAGCAUGGAGAGCAGGUUGGCAGGAAGCAAGGUGGCGCUCCCGCCUCACCCGAACGUUGUGAAGAUGUACUGCGUGUUCACGGACCGCGUGCCCUCCCUCCCGGACUCCCUGAGCCUGUACCCCCACGCCCUGCCCGCCCGCAUCAACCCCGAGGGCUUCGGCAGGAACAUGAGCCUGUUCCUCGUCAUGAAGAGGUACGACUGCAGCCUGAAGCAAUACCUGCACGACCAGGGCGCGGCUCCCCGGACCGCCGUGCUGUUGCUGGCACAGCUGCUGGAGGGCGUGCUGCACAUCAACAUGCACGGCGUCGCCCACAGAGAUCUCAAGAGUGAUAACAUUCUCUUGGAUGUAUCGGAAGGGGACGACGUGUGUCCUCUGCUAACCAUCACUGACUUCGGCUGCAGUCUGGCCAACAAAGAUCACGGGCUUGUGAUGCCGUACCACUCCCCCGACAUGGACCGCGGUGGCAACACUGCGCUCAUGGCGCCAGAGGUGGUAUGUGCAACCCCGGGAGCUUUCAAGAGCAUCAACUACAGCAAAGCGGACGUGUGGGCGGCCGGCGCGAUUGCGUACGAGAUGUUCGGCAUGAUGAACCCUUUCUACGCGAGCAGGGACACGGGCAAGCCGCAGCUGUACAACUACCGCUACCGGGAAGACGAGCUUCCGCAAGUACCCGACUCCGUGCCACCGCUGGUUGCGAGCGUCGUGAUGGGCCUGUUGAAGAGGAACCCUUCCCAGCGCCUGAGUGCAGAGAUGGCAGCGACGAUCCUUCAGUUGCACCUGUGGGGGCCAAGCUCCUGGCUUCGGUCGAGUGGAAGAAUGCCUGCAACAAAUGAGAUCCUGCAGUGGCUGCUGUGCCUGACGACGAAGGUGCUGUGCGAGGGCAGGGGCUUGCCCCCGGGAGGCGGGGGCGGGCGGCGGACGCUGCCCGAGUACCAGCUCAUAGCCACCUUCCUGAGCCGCGUCAGCCUCAGGAGCGUCAAGCAGGCCCUCAAGUGGAUCCACCUGCUUGCUCUGUAGCGUCGUAGGGACGCCCCGUGUUUACCUGACCUUCUUUUCCCUCUGUGGUCGACACCAAACAUCUCUAUUAUUCUAAAUAUUGUCCAUGAACCACGAAAACACAGUGGUUGUUGUCACGCACGUCUGUCUCACUCGGACGAGGUUUAGUUCAUACAGUCACACAAGAUCCAUAUCUUUUGAAACAAAAACUUAAAUCGGAGAAUUCGUAUUUGAAAUCAAAAUUGCAUUUGGGACAUAACCUUGAUUCAGUUAAACACGGUACAUCUUGUGAUAGUGGUUUUACUUUGUUUCAUUCUUUUUGAACAUCAUGAGUGAUUUCAUUUAAUUAAAAAUAGUUACUUAUUUCUGUCCUUUAGAUUAUUAGUUUAUUUUAUCACUCAACGUGUAUAGUACAGUAUGUUGACUUGAAAGUAUGUAUUAAAAGAGGUGGAAAAAACAGCAUUUUUUCAAAAUUAUUUAAUAAGGCAGGGGCAUGUUACAAUUACAGUAGUUAAUUUUGUUGAUUAAAAGUCAGAGAUUGUGAAAGGGUACAAAAAUUCUUUCCACUGUCCACAGUUGGUUUUAAAUUUCUUUAAUGUAAAUACAAAUAUCAUUGGCCUAUCUCUGGGUUUCAGAGACAUUGGCUGCAUGCCUUGUAAGAGUCUGAACCUCUGCCAUCUGUCACUCUGUACUAUACCUAUAAACAGUGAUGGUGUGCAAUAUUGUGUUUUGAGUCAAUGUCUAUAUAAAUGUAAAAAAUAUAACUUAUGUGUAAUGUAUGAAGUGUGAUACUGUAAUAAUUUUGUAGUUAGUUAUUGAAAAAAUCAUUAAAGAGCUUGAGAAAA